CACUUUGGAGACGGUCAGAUAAGAUUUUUCUCACUUGAACAAUGAGACAAAUGUGGCAAUGUAUACUGCAUCACAGAUGGAAGGUAGUGAUGGGCUUGCGGUCUCUAAAUAAGCCACAUCAGAAUGUGAGGUAUCAAAGUAGUACUGUUAAAAGCAGCAUAUCUGAAAGACACCUUCAGGCAGCCAAACCUUUCUCUUCAAUCCCUGGGCAUAGACUACCAGUCGUCGGUACAUUGUUGCCAUAUAAACUUGGACUGAAGAAGUCACUGACUUACCAUGAAGAGGUCUGCAAGCUUUACCACAAAUAUGGACCACUUGUUAGGGAAAAUUUUGGCUCACGAACUGUAAUUCAUGUAUUUGAUCCAGCUGAUAUUCGUGCUAUAUAUGAGAGUGAUGGGAGAACUCCCUACGUAACACCACUACAAGACACAACGCUGUCUUAUCGCCAGCACAAGAAUAUGUCUCUUGGGCUAGGAUACCUUAACGGUGAAGAGUGGUACCAACUGCGACGUGCUGUGCAACCGGCGAUGCUCCGACCUAAAGAGACCAGUUAUUACUUUGCUCUUCAGGAUAGUGUAGCCAAAACAGCUGUUGAGAAACUACAGGAGGUGAAUCAAGAAUAUAGCUCUAAGCUACACUUAUUUAUUGGAAAAUGGAUUCUUGAAUCUGCAACAAAAUGUUGCCUUGAAAAAUCUCUUGGUUGCUUCAGUGGAGGUGAUAAAGAGGAUUUAGCACAGAAGAUGGUGCAAGCGGAUAUCGAGAUAUUUAAGUUGGCAGGGGAGCGCAAGUUUUCUCUCCAAUUGCAUCAGUUCUUCAGAACCCGAAAGAGUAACAAACUUCAUAAAGCUCAAGAUUUUUUCUACGGAGAAUCCUUGAAGAACAUCUUUGAGACCAUGGAUGAGAUAAAGUCACUUGUGGCAGAGAAGAAACUGAAGGAUGGACAGUUCAAGUUCCUCGCUUACCUCAUGUCUCUUGAGGAUAUAUCAGAGAAGGAUGUUGUCACCAUCUGCUUGUCAGUCUUCUUUAAUGCUCUUUCUACUACUGCCCCAACACUUCUGGCCAAUCUCUAUUGUUUGGCAUUGAAUCCAGAUGUCCAGGAGCGACUGUACCAAGAGAUUAAGACACAUGUCAACCCAGAUGUUUCUCUCACAGUACAUGUGGUCAACAAGUUACAUUACCUAAAAGCCUUUAUCAAAGAAGUAUUCAGGUUUUAUCCUAUAGGUGAAGCUGUCCAGCGUAUCCUUCAGAAAGAUCUGGUUCUCAGUGGCUAUCAUGUACCUGCUGGUACCUGUGUUGAUUUAAAUGCAUACAUUUGGUUACGGAGUAACCAUUACUUCAAAGAUCCAGAUACAUUAUGUCCAGAACGUUGGUUACGAGAUUCAUCCAAGACUGCCAAAAUUGACCCCUACAUUCUCAAUCCAUUCAGUAUUGGCACUCGGAUGUGCCCAGGUCGGAGGUUUGCAGAGCAAGAUUUGUAUGUUGGUUUGUGUCGAUUGCUGUUAAAAUUCCAAGUAGCGGCAUCAGAAAAUGUACCACCACAUCAGGAAUGGAACAUAUUGUUAAGACCAAAGAGUCCUCUGCCUAUGCAAUUUAAUCUUCGGGAAUAGCUAUUAUGUAAUAGAGUAGAGUAGACUUUUGAUUCCUUCAGGGUUAGGUUCCUGGAGCAUGCAAUGAAUUUUGGAUAUGCAGGUAAACCUCUAUUUACGAUAUCCAAAUCUACGAUAAUUCAUUUUGCUGAUGCAGAUACAUUAAGACCACUUCCCUAUUUGUGUUACUGUAUAAACAAGCCUGCAUUAACGAUAUUCAUCACGCUAAGUCGGCGUAUGGAAUGCAUCACUUGCUUCAAUUGUCAGCUGAGGCAUCAUCUACCCAAACACCACAUUGUGGCCAUCUGGUGAACUACUGUGCGGGUAUUGUUUCUUUUUGGUUACAUGUGUCUAAGAAAAGGAGCUCAAUGUUUGGUCAUCAUCAUCCGUGUUGCUUUUUACUUUCAGUGAAAGGACAUCACUAAAGUUCUCAUUGUACUCUGUUUUAGUGACUGUGAAGUGCUUUUGCUCUGACUGAAAUACUUUCCCUGUUUUAGUGACUGUGAAGUUCUUUCAUUCUGACUAUAAAGUGCUUUUGCUCUGAUCCCCCAUCCCUACAAUAGGUGACUUGACAUUGCAUCAGACCAGGUCAGUAACAUGAGACCCACUAAUCCCUUACCACACCUCCAUCAGAAGUGGUAAAAGACAUAAAAGAUAAUUACAGUUAUGUAUUACAUUCAGGAAAUUAAACAAUAUACUCAACUUAAAGCUCAAGACAACAGUAGUGAUAUACUGUACAUUACUUUGUUUACAGGUACAGUACUUACCGGUAUAAUAUACUCUAUUGUAGUGUACAAUGGUGUUUGUGUAAAUAAAUAAGCUCAUGUCAAUCCAUGUGGGAUUGUGACUUAGAUUUGGGAAAAUAGACUCGCACAGCUCCAUUCAUGAAGCGAUUUGCACGUCCAUAUCAUAGAUUUUUAGUUUUUUAUAUAUCUUUAUUUAACCAAAUAUUUCGGUCGAAAUAUUCUUAAGGCAUUAAGCUUACCAAUUUGGCCAAUAUAUAUGUAAUGUGUGUAAAGAUUGCUUAUCAGACCAAAGCCUACAGUGACUACAUGAGCAGGUGUACACCCACUUAGUUGACCGAUCCUAUAGUAAUUAAAGUGAGAUUAAGACCUGGCUCAACAAAGGUCAUGGUCACGGAGGGAAAAGGAGUUCUCGCCAUAGUGUGAUGGGAGACCAGGCGACAUGAUGACAUGAUCUUGUUAAUUCAAGAAACUGCCCUCCAGCCAACAAACUGACACCUGACCAAACACCACACCCUGUCACCCCGAACCACCGUGCACCUGAGCAAACACAGCUGUUCAGACUCGCUCAGAUAAGUGAUAAUCGGGAGAUGAUACCUGCUGACCUGAGACCUCCAAUAAAAGGGGCUUACAGCUCCUCCCAGGGGUGAGUCAGGGAGAGACGGAAACCAGAGCCAGACGGUCACAAGUCGAGGUCGAGAGGGAUGCUUCCCUUCCCAGCACCAAGUCCCCAGCUGGCAGGAUCUUCCACAGGAGAUGGAAUCCAGUGCCCACCCAGACCAUUCUCUCUAGGAGAACAAGGCCCUGCAGAGUCCCCAGCUGCUGUGCCUCACUCAGGUCACACGAGUCAUUGUCAGAGUGAUCCAUAGGAUGAGUUACUUAUAUUGGGAAGUGUAUCCAUUUUCUGUUUGUGUCCGAGAGUCAUUGUCUAGUAACAUCAAUAUAAUGAUCUAUUAAGGAGUCCAUGUCAUUCAUUUAACUAAUAAAUAGUUGUACUUAGAA